UGAGCUCUCCAGGAAACAAAGUGAAACCGGAAAUGGGCUCCGUCCUGCUGAGCCUCUCGCUGACCGUUUGCGCAGCUUGAGGCGCUUUGAUGGCGUAAAGUAACAGAAUAAACACCACGAGAAAGCAGAAACACGGCACUGCUCUGUUCGUUGCGCCUCAAAAAUCAUUUUGGCUCACUUUCUGACUCUGACGUGUUUCCCCCGCCCCGAGCGCAGCCACUUCCGGAAAGAUGACCACAAGAGUAUCGUUAGGGAAGAAGUACUUCAUUCUUCUAACUGGAAAGACAUUGAAGUCUGAUGAACACUUCAUAACUCGGCUCAAAAAUGAAGCAAACUGGCUGGAGAAGGUGGAGACAGUGAGUGCGUGUGAUUUCAUUCUGGCUUUCUGCCCUGUCGUUUCACGAGCUGGAACUGACAUUGAAGUAGCCGUGAAAAAGCUUCAUGAUACUUCAGCUACAAAACCUGCUGUUCUGGUGGUGCUCCAUCACACGUUUGAUCCAGAGCAUGUUAUACCAGACAGCAGCAGAGCUGUAAACACAAAGAAUAUAAUCACCUUCGACUGUCUGUUCCAUGAAGAUCAGGGAUUACUGCAGUGCAAGAAAAAUUAUGAUGUCUUUGAGUCCAUUAAAAUGCAGACAGAACCACCGAUGCAAAAAGCAUUAAUUCUCAUGAAAGAAUGGAAAACUAAAAUCAGGGGUAAUGAACAAGGACCUUCCUCUCACAUGCAAAAAGCAUUAAUGCUCAUGAAAGAAUGGAAAACUAAAAUCAGGGGUAAUGAACAAGGACCUUCCUCUCAGCCAUGUGACCCAAGGGAAAGUCAGGCCAAUCAGAAGAUACCUGAAUAUGAACAUACUUCUGAAAAACUUGACACAGAGAUUACACGACUGGAAACAUUCGCAAAGGAAGAAGUUGAAAAUAAAAUGGAGUCACUUCUGAAGGCAGGAAAGAUGACCACAACAGUAUCGUUAGGGAAGAAGUACUUCAUUCUUCUAACUGGAAAGACAUUGAAGUCCGAUGAACACUUCGUAACUCGGCUCAAAAAUGAAGCAAACUGGCUGGAGAAGGUGGAGACAGUGAGUGCGUGUGAUUUCAUUCUGGCUUUCUGCCCUGUCGUUUCACGAGCUGGAACUGACAUUGAAGCAGCCGUGAAAAAGCUUAAUGAUACUUCAGCCACAAAACCUGCUGUUCUGGUGGUGCUCCAUCGCACGUUUGAUCCAGAGUAUGCUGCACCAGACAGCAGCAGAGCUGUAAACACAAAGAAUAUAAUCACCUUCGACUGUCUGUUCCAUGAAGAUCAGGGAUUACUGCAGUGCAAGAAAAAUGAUGACAUCUUUAAACACAUUAAAAUGCAGACAAAACCACAGAUGCAAAAAGGAUUAAUGUUCUUGAAAGGAUUACCCAGAAGUGACAGUAGUAAUGAGCAAGGACCUUCCUCCCAGGUCACAAAUCAGCAAGAAGACAAGACAGAAAAGAUGCAGGCUCUGAAGACGAAUGAGAAUGACUUUUCUGAAGUCAGGUUGGUGGUGUUGGGGAAAAAGGACUCUGGGAAAAAUUCAGCAAAAAACACCAUCCUGGGCAAACAGGAGAGUGGCCAGGCUGCUGCAUCUACAGCUGCAUCUCAAUCCACCCAGCACAGUGAGAGCGCACAGGGGGAGGUGGCUGGGAGGAAGGUGACUGUAGUCGACACUCCUGACUGGUUCUUUUCUCGACUGUCUUGGAAGAAACUAAGAGAAGAUGUGGAACACUGUGUCCAACUGUCUCAGCCAGGACCUCAUGCCUUCCUCCUGGUCAUACCUGUAAAACAUUCAGAAGAAAAAGUAGUUGAUAUCAAAGAGGAAUUGAAUGUGAUGGAAGAGAUUUUUGGAGAGCCCUGUUUCAGACACACCAUGAUACUUUUCACUAUUACUGAUGAAAGUCAGAAGAGUGAGAAAUCAAUCCAAUCAGGAGACCAGAGAUUUGUAGAGAAAUAUGGGAACAGGUUUCACUUUCUUAACAUUCAGGAUAGUGGAGAUGGUUCUCAGGUCUUCGAGCUGCUUGAGAAGAUAAAGAAAAUGGUGGAUGGAAGCAGCGAGAAAUUCUACAGCAAUGAGAUUUAUCUGAAGAGACUAGCUUGCAUGAGAAAGAUUAAGAUGAGUGAGAGGCUAGAGAACCUUGAUGAUCCAGCAACUGAAGUGAUGACAAACAUGAAAGAAGAGAAGUUAAAUAUGGAGGCAGAGAGAAACAACAUGAAGACUCCCUUGCAUGAACCCUGGAGAAGUGUUUCGAGUUCUCGUAUGCAAGAAGAGAUUGAACAAAAGGACAGACCGAGGAAAAUGAAAAGACAGCUUGAGGAGAAGGACAGUCAGCUUGAGGAGAAGGACAGUCAGCUUGAGGAGAAGGACAGAAAGCUUGAGGAGAAGGACAGAAAGCUUGAGGAGAAGGACAGAAAGCUUGAGGAGAAGGACAGUCAGCUGGAGAAGGACAGAAAGCUUGAGGAGAAGGACAGAAAGCUUGAGGAGAAGGACAGUCAGCUUGAGAAGGACAGUCAGCUUGAGAAGGACAGAAAGCUUGAGGAGAAGGACAGUCAGCUUGAGGAGAAGGACAGUCAGCUUGAGGAGAAGGACAGUCAGCUUGAGGAGAAGGACAGAAAGCUUGAGGAGAAGGACAGUCAGCUUGAGAAGGACAGAAAGCUUGAGGAGAAGGACAGUCAGCUUGAGAAGGACAGAAAGCUUGAGGAGAAGGACAGAAAGCUUGAGGAAAUGCAAAGACAGCUUGAGGGGAAGGACAGACAGCUUGAGGAGAAGGACAGAAAGCUUGAGGAAAUGCAAAGACAGCUUGAGGGGAAGGACAGACAGCUUGAGGAGAAGGACAGAAAGCUUGAGGAAAUGCAAAGACAGCUUGAGGGGAAGGACAGACAGCUUGAGGAGGACAGAAAGCUUGAGGAAAUGCAAAGACAGCUUGAGGGGAAGGACAGACAGCUUGAGGAGAAGGACAGAAAGCUUGAGGAAAUGCAAAGACAGCAUGAGGAGAAGGACAGUCAGCUUGAGGAGGAGGACAGACAGCUUGAGGAAUUCAAGUAGGAGGCAUUUUAUAUCCUUUCUGAUGCAUAAAUAAGCUUCUAAAUCCUCUUUACAGUAGCCCAAGAUUUCAGUACACUUUUCCCUUUCCCAGUUAAAUAUUUGUCCUGUGUAAUGCUAAAUAAUCUACAAAUAGAAUGCAGUGUUAUAUGUAGUAGAGAAUGACUAAUCAAAGUAUUAGACUAUUAAAGUAGAGAAUGCUACCAGCUCAGCCCUGAAUGCCCUACCUGAUUUUCCAAUUGUGAUUAGUCACACUCUCUCACACACUUUCAGAGAUGUCUAAACAAAGCAGCCAAUAAGACCAGACAUGAUAGAAUAAGGAAUGAAGAAAUAAGGAGAAUAGUGGGCACAAGAUCAAUCCAUGAUCACGUUCAACAACAACGUAUCAAAUGGUUUGGCCGUCUCAGUAGGAUGUGAAUCCAUCAUCAUGCUUUUAGAGCCUACAACAAAAGGAGCUCAGAGACCUGAGCUUGAGGGUGGCCUCGCAAAUGCUGAAUUGAUGGCGUGAGGGAAACCCUCAGAACCUAUGACCUGUCUGCUACAGAAGCUGCCCACCAUGCCCUUGACCGGUGUCUCCAACUCCCUGUGACACCUCAAAGUACAAACAGAAGAUAAAAGAUGAAGAUGAGUCACUGUCCUACUUGUUAGAUUGCAUGAAUGAACACACACACGCACCUUCAUUUGUCUAUUGUGUUGUAAAAUCCUGCAUAUCUAUAUACACACAAGUUCCGUUUUUCCAAACUGUCUCCCAGUCCAGUGGUGUACUAAUUUAUCUCCUACUUUCCUCGCUCUAACCCAAGUGAUACAGUAUGAUAUUGAUUGGCUCUUGCAUAAGUUGAAAUAAACAGAAGUUGUGGAAA